CCUCCACCUCCGCCCUCCACUCCUUCCUCCUCGCAGGUUGCCCAUCCCGCCGCGCCCGCGCCCGCGCCCUCGUGUCGUCGCUGGGCCCGCCCCGCCCCGCCCCGCGCCCCCGAGCCCUAGCCCUAGCCUCCGCCAUUACCCCGCGCCGCGCGCCCCGAUGGAAGGCGGCUCGGGGGCGGCGUACGCCGCGCGCACCGCGGAGGAGGUCUUCCGCGACUACCGCGGCCGCCGCGCCGGCAUGAUCAGGGCCCUCACCACCGAUGUGGACAAGUUCUUCAAGCUCUGCGAUCCCGAAAAGGAGAACUUGUGCCUUUAUGGGUAUCCUAAUGAGACGUGGGAGGUGACCUUGCCAGCUGAGGAAGUACCCCCAGAGAUUCCUGAACCAGCAUUAGGAAUCAACUUCGCUAAGGAUGGCAUGAAUGAGAAGGACUGGUUGGCGCUAGUUGCAGUUCACAGUGAUUCCUGGUUACUAUCUGUUGCAUUCUACUUUGGAGCCCGGUUCGGGUUUGACAAAGAAGCUAGGAAGCGACUCUUCAACAUGAUAAACAACUUGCCUACGAUAUUUGAGGUAGUGACAGGAAAUGCCAAGAAACAGACAAAGGAGAAGACACCUAAUAGUAGCAGCAAAAGCAACAAACCUAGUACAAAAGUGUCAAGAGCUGAGUCUCGUUCAAAGGCUAAGGUUUCAACCCCCAAAGAUGAAGAAGAGAGCGGUGACGACCAUGGGGAUGAGGAGGAAGAGCGUGACAACACUCUUUGUGGAACUUGCGGAACUAAUGAUGGCAAGGACGAAUUCUGGAUCUGCUGUGAUAACUGCGAGAGGUGGUACCAUGGAAAGUGCGUCAAGAUUACGCCGGCUCGAGCUGAGCAUAUCAAGCAGUACAAGUGCCCAGAUUGCAGCAACAAGAGGGCCAGGGCGUGAGUAACAACGCAUUGACGAGCUUGUUAGGAGGAAACCAUCUCCAGGUGUCAAGAUCCCUAGAUAUGGCGUAGUUUUCUAGUUUGUAAUCUUGCGUUUUUAUUUGUGGUUAUAUCUGUUGAUUAGUUGUCCGACCUAGUUGUGUUUAAAACUUAACAUGUAUCGUGUGUUGACGUCGGCAUUCCUAGUCUGUAAACGUUGUCACUGAAGGUACUUCCCAACUGACCAGGUGUUCA